AUGGCGGAAACACCCGCGGCUUGGGCCCCCAAACUCCUGCUCCGAUCUCCACUGGAAGGCCUGUCCGAGGCGACUCUGCGCGCCUUCAGCCUCUUUCUGGAGCUCUAUGGGAAGGAGUGCGAGCACCUCGGGGAUGGAGCAGAGCGGCCCCUCUAUGAGGAGCUCCUAGAGAGGGUCCGGGGCCUGCCCUGGCCGACCAAGGCCCGCUACCCCGUCCUCUGCGCCUUGCUUCCCUUCCUGGGCUCGGAAAGGCUCCCGUGGCCCGUGGCCCAUGGCCAGCGGGACCCGACUGGAGCGGGCAGAGGGCACGGUGCCCCUUUCCUGGGCUUCCGGGUGGGCCUGUGGUCGGAGGGGGUAGCCUGGCAGGCGGGCGCCGUGGCUGACGUGGCCCUGUCCCUCCAGGUCCUGGCUGCGCUCCCUGAGCUCCCGCAGCAGCUCCUGCUCUGCCUCUCCACCAAUCCCCUGAGCCCCCCGGCCGUGGACACCUACCGCUGCUUCCUGCAAGCCCAGCGGGGGGAGUGGGCCGUCCCAGGGGCCGGGGCCGGCGAGGAGGCCCUGGCUGAGCGGUGGGCCCGGCACUGGCUGCCCCCCGUGGCGGAGGCCCUGCAGUCCCCAGUGGCGGCCCUGCAGGGCCGGGCAGCCAGCUCCCUGCUCCCCCACACCCUCCAGCUCUUCCCGGCCUCCGCCGGCCUCCUGGAGAAGGCUUUUGCAGGCCCGGGCUUGGCCCGCCUUCGGGGCUGGGCAGCCCUGCAGAAGACUCGCAAGGCUCUGGGCCAGGCCCCCUGGGCAGCCGGCCAGCUCCCGGCCCGCGUGGCCGCGUGCUUGGCGUGUGGCGACGAGGCCGUGCGCCUGGCGGGGGCGAGCCUCUUGUGUGGGGGGCCUGGCUCUGCCCAGGCCCCCGGCCCCGAGGAGCUGGCCGUCCUCCAGGGCUUCCUCUGGCUGAACCUCAGUGGCUCCUCGGCCUCUUUCCGGCAGCUGCUGCAGGCGACCGUGAGCAGGCUCCUAGGCCGGCUUCGGGACAGUGCCCUGGCUGUGCUCCGCGGCCAGGGGGAAGCAGGCUCAGGCCCAGCCCGGAGCCUCUCCUGCUCACCGGAGGUGAGCCCACGCCUGCUCCCUGGGCUGCUGCUGGGGCCCUGCUGGGCUGGGGAGGGAGCUGGAGACCUGGAGACCCUGGAGACCUUGGGGGUGGGACCUGAGGGAGUGGACUCUGACCGGGGCUUAAGGAGGUGGGCUGGGGGCCGCAGGCGCCUGAGACGUGGACUCCCGGCGGGCUUUGUGGGCCCCCUGGGGGAGAAUGUGGACUUCGUGGAGUGGCUCCUGCAGCUCAGUGUCUCCCAGCUGGGCCCGGCCUCGGGCUUCCAGCGCCGAAGGACUUCCCUGCUCCUGCUGGAGGCCCUGCUGGCCACGUGCACGGACAGCUGGAGCCCCGAGAGGAAGAAGGGCCAGCCUCCCCCCAACAUGGCGGCUUUGCUGAGCUGGGCCAGGCGCAGCGGCCGCUGGGACUUCACCUCAAGGGCCACCUUGCUGGCCUUGCUCAGUUGCCUUCAGGACAGCACCAGUGAGAUCCGGGAGCCGGCCACCCACCUUCUGCACCUCUACUUCCCCCCUGCCCUGCCCGUGGAUUUGGCCGGAGCCCUGUUGGAGCGGGCGUGUCAGGCCCUGAGCAGUGCCCGCGGGCAGGAGGUGGAAGCAGGGGCCCUCAUGAUGCAGACUCUGCUGCAGAAAGUGGACAGUGAUACCCUCCAGAACAUAGUCCCCAGGCCCAAAGAGGAGGGCCCGGCCCCGGGCUGCCCCAGCCUCAUUCUCAACUCCUUCCUGCUCCGGCUGCUGCAAGAGCGUCUCGCUGCCGCCCGGCACGACCUGCUUCAGGCUGCCUGUGCCCAGCCGCUCCACGGACCUCUGUGUGCCCUGCGCCGCUGCCUGCUGGAGGCCCCCUGCACAGAGCCGUCCAUGCGGCGGGCCCCUCUGCAGGGCUCCUGGCGGGAGCUGCUCCUGGCUGCCGUGGCGACGCUGGCCGAGGUCGCCUCCUUCCUCCUGGCCGUCCUGCAAGGCUCUGCCGAAGAACUGCAGCCAGCUGCUGCACCCUCCCUGGCUGCCAUGGGCUCGGCCAUCAAUGCCGCAGUGUGGCAAAGCCGGGCCGGGGGCCUGGGGCCCGAGGCGGGGGAGGAGGGAGAGCCGCCCCUCCUGCUGUCCGAGGAGCAGGGACGCAUCCUGACCUGUUGCUGGAUCUCUGCAAAGGAGACCGGGCUGCUUCUGGGAGGCCUGGCGGAGAAGACCCUCCUGCUGGCCCCGCCGGUCGCCGGCUCGGGGCCGCCGCUCGUGCCCCUGGAGGGCCUGCGGACCAUCGUGGCCACCCUGCAGGGGCUGCUGCUCAGGUGCCGGCACUGGGGAGCCCUGGAGGGCUGCGCCUCGGGCCUCACGUCGGCCUGCAGAGCCUUGCUGGGCCAGGCCGCCCCCGAGCUGCAGGAGCUGCCCCAGAAGCUGCUGGCCCAGGGCCUGGAGUUGCUGAGGGGUCCCCGGAACAGCUCCGUGACGCGCCGGGCGGCGGGAUUCCCCCUCUUCAUCCAGUGCAUCGUGGCGGGCGAGCCGCCGACGGGCGCCCGGCCCCUGCUGACCCGCUGUGUGGGGACGCUGCUGGACCUGGCCCAGAGGCCCCUGCCUCAGGUCUGGGACCAGACUCUGGACCUGCCGCAGGUCUCCGCUCUGCACGUGCUCCAAGCCCUGGUGCGGGGGGCCGGCCUGGGGGCCCCGAUGCUCGCCUGGGCCGGCCCGCUGCUCGCGCUGUGUCUGGGGGCUCUGGGCUCCCCGUGCUGGGCCAUGAGGAACGCCGGCAGCCAGCUCUUCGGCGCCCUCGAGGGCCGGCUGCUGGGUCAGAGCCUGAGCCGCGAGGGCAGCGGCGCCCACAAGGGCCUGAGCCCGCAAGCUUUUUUCACCCUGUUCCCCGCGCUGGAGGCCGUUCUCCUGGCCCCGCUGCUCUCGUCCCUGGGACGCCGGGGGGAGAGCCGCCUCCGGCCCGACCUCCACGCCGUCCUGACCCUGCUGGCCAAGCUGCAGCCCGGCACGGAGUGCCUGAGCAGCUCUGCGGCGCGGUUCCAGGAGUGUUUGCUCCGUCUCUCAGAGAGCCCGGUCUACGCCACGCGGGCGAUGGCUGCCCGGGCCCUGGUGCCCUUUGUGCCUCUGGCGGAACUGGAGGACGUCCUGCUCCGCCUGCUGCAGGGACUGCUGGAGCCCGGCCCCCACAAUGCGCUGCACGGGCGGCUGCUGCAGGCCCACGCCCUCGUGGCCCAGGACGGCGCCCGCCGGGCCCCCCCCGGUCUGGAGGCUGUUGCGCAGAAGGCGGAGGCCAUGUUCUGGCUGCUCACGCCCGCCCAGCGCUGCCCGCUGAUGCGCGCGGCCUACCUGCGGCUUCUCUCCCUGCUGACCAGUGGCUGCAGCCAGGGCUUCCUGGAGCGGGUCGAGGCCGCUGUGACCCAGGAGCUGGACCCUCCUGGGCCGGACACACAGGUGGGCGCCAGCGCGCUGCGCCAGGAGUGCGCCCGCUUCCUCUGCAGGGAGGCGGGGAGGCUGGCCGAUCCCGCCCGGACCCGGGCCCUGGGCUCCCUGCUGCGAGGCGCGGACCCGGAGGUGCAUCGGGCCGCCCUGGCCUGGGUGCUGGAGGAGGGCGAGCUCCCCGAGCCCGUGGCCGGCGUCCUCUGGGCCCUGCUGCUGGACACCCUGUGGCCGCUGCUGCGGGACGGGGGCUGCCCGGAAGGCCUGAAGCUGCACCUGGAGGCCUUGGCGCACCUGCACCAGGCGCCCUCUGCCCGUGCCCACCCACUCUCACCUGCCCCGCCCCCAGCCUGCAGGGACCAGCUGCUCUCACUGGUGGAGAAGGCGGGCACCAGCCCCACCCUCCUGGGCCGGGCACUGCGCGCCCUCAGCCUGCUCCUGGCAUUGGGGCCCGAGGACCUUCCUGCCCUGGGCCGCUGGAGCCUGGUUCUCCAGCGCUGGAGUGAGCCCCGUGCCUGUGAGGAGCUGAGACUGGCGGCAGCGCAGUCCCUGUGCCUGGCUGGGGUCCCGGUGGUGGUCGGAGCCUGCGCAGCCUCCGGGCCCUCCCCAGCAGCCCUGGCUCUCCGGCUUCUGAACGCUGGCAUUUUCCUGCUGCAGGACGAGGACCAGGCAGUGAGACUGGAAGCAGCCAUGUUCGCCAGUCUGCUGGCCCAGCAGGCGGGAGCCGGGCCCUGGGAGGCUGGCACAACACUGCAGGCCCACCAGGGGCUGCUCUUGGUGCUACAGGCCAUUGAGACACACUUUGGGGCCUGUGAGGACACCUGGCCACUUCUGAUGCUCCAUCUUCCCCAGUGUGAUCUGGAGGGUCUCCUGGAAGAGAUGGGCGCUAAUCGGACCCCCAGCCUCUACGAGGAGGACGGAGCUAACUUCUUCGCGGAGCCGGCCGUGUUCGCCCAGCUCCUGCUCCCCUUCUUGCUCCGGCUGCUGGACAGAGCGGGGGAUGCGGCGCCUCUGAGGGCCCGGGCCCGGCAGUGGGCAGAGGCUCGAGCCCCUGGCGUCCUCCGGAGCCUCCAGCGCUGCUGCCUCUGGUGGAGUCAAGGCGACGCCGGCGCUCUGUUGCUGAAGGCCCUGGGCUGCCCCAAGCUUCACACGGCCCUGGCCGUGCUGCUGGUGGAGGCCGAGCUCGUGGUCCGGGCCCUGGAGGUCCCGCGGGCCGGGGGGGCUGGGGAGGCCGUGGAGUCCGGAGCCAGCUCUCGGGAGCUGAGGCGGGCCUGGGCGCGGGCCCGGGCCCUGCUCUCCCAGCACGGCAUGGCUCCUCAGCUGAGGGACCCGGGCUGGCCGAGAGGUCAAGUGCUCCUGUCGAUGGCACCGGGGGAUUCCCAAGAAGCGGAGGGGCUGUGUCUGGGGGGGGCCCUGAGGGAGCCGGGGGGGUCAAAGGGCAUGACGGACAGAGCCCCUGGGGCCCCUUCCCCCACCCGCUUCGACGUCCUUCUCUCUCUGUAGCCACCAGGACACACUGAUCAUCAGGUGGUCAGGGUUCUGGAGGUCACAGGAUGUUAGUGUGAGGGGGACCCCGGGAGCCGGCUGAUCCAACCUCUCAUUUUAAGAGGGGCAGAGACUCCAAAAGACCGCGCGGUGAGCGACUGAGCGUCAUCGUUAGUGGUGACCCAUCCAUGCUCAGUAAACAUUAAUUAAGCACCUACUAUGUGCUACUACCUCACAACCACUCCGGAGGUCUGUCAGCUAGCUGUGCUGCUCUGAUCAUUCCCACUCUGCAGAUGGGGAAGUAGAGGCUCAGGAGGGUGCAGCCAUCUGCCCACAAUCACACACUUUGUCUGUAUUAGUGAGGUUGUGUCUCCACCUGAAAACCAGCUUUCCCUCCCUUACGUCAUGCGCUUCCCUCCUCCAGAGAUGGGGGUGACCCGGGGGCUCCCCGGCCCCAACACGGCAGGGGCCUGUGCUGUCCGUCCUUGGAAGGGAGGGGCUGGGCGAGCUGGCCUCCAAGCACCCCUAGGUUCGUCGUCGCCAGCUGAGGCAGAGCCCGCGGAGCCCCCCGUCCCCCUCCCCACCCCCAAGUCUGACUUGAACAAGAAAGAAAUGCACGAACAUUUACAGAAAAAAUAUAUUUUAUAAUAUGCUAA